GUUUUUGUUAACUUAGUAAGUUAGUACUAUUAAUACCGCGAGGUCGACAGUAACUUGUAUAGCUAAGUUUUACCUUACAAUAAUUUAUAUUUUAUAUUGAAUGUAAGAAGUGCCUAAUAAAAUAUGACUAAAUUUUCAUUAUCCGACGAGGAGAAAUUAAUAGAAGAAGUCCAAAAAUACCCCGUCAUAUACAUGAAAAAAGGACAAAGAACAAAAAAAAACCAAGCAUGGAGCCAAAUAACAAAAAAGCUGGGUGUUUUUACCGAAGUUGAUCUAAGACGUCGUUGGAAGUCCAUUGUGUGUACGAGAAACAGAUUGAAAUUAAACGGCGAAAACAAUGAAUAUUUACCGAAAAAACGUAAAACUAAAUGGUCGACGCUAUUUUCUAAAUUGUCAUUUUUAGACGACGUGGACAAUAUUCUUAACUACACGUCGGAUUACAUGUCCGACACGAAUGACCACCAAAGUGAAGACGUAAAAGAAAAUUCACCGUCUCAAAUAAUCAACAAAACCAUGUUCUCCUCUAAUGUGCUACCCAAAUCCCUCAACUAUGAUAUUGAGGCGUUUUUUGAAUCCGCCACGAAUAGGGUGAAACGGCUAUCCACUCGUGGAGUUAUAGAAGCACUAUGGGUAGUUAAUAGUGUGUUGAAACAACUGGAAUUAAAAAACAUUCAACCCAAGACGGAUGAACGCAUCGACUACGACCCGCCUAUAAUAAUCGAUAAAAUAAAUACUAUUUAAAAAAUCCAUUAUUGAUCGGACAGAUUAUAAUUUUUUUUUUUUAAAUAAAAAAUGUGAAAUAUACAGUUUAAAAAAAAAACUAAAAUCUGUCAGAUCAUCAUAUUGUAUACACCUUGUACGACCUUAUCUUAUUUUUAAGCAGUGAUGCUUAUACUUACCGAUAAAUUUAAAUAUUUACUUUAAUUUUUUUUUUUUUUUUCAUAACAAAUUUAUGUUUCUAAACCGUUAUUAUAAUACUUGUAAUUUAAUAACUUUUUUUUAUUAACAUAAUACAUUUUUCGCCAAAGGGGCAAAAUCAUUUUGCAGUCCCUCCCCUCUCACCAUUAUUUUACUCAUCUAAUAAUAUUUUAACUGAUUUUUUUUUCUUUUAUAACUACUUUGAAUAGGUAUUUAACAAAUGUAUAAUACUAUUUAUUAACUGUAUACAGUGUGUGCACUUAUAAUUUUUCUUAAAAAAAUGCUACUAAUUAGUAAAAACUGUUUAAAAAAAACAAUAAAACAAAUUUAAUGUUUACGCUGAGAUUGUCGA